GAUUGGAUGGAUAUUGAGAAGGGGAGGGAUCCUGUUUUUUGUUUUGUUUUUUAACAUCCCUGGAUGAAUUCAGAGGAAGACGUUUUCAAGCCUGUGAUGCAUGUUUCAGAUGGGCUGGACAUUACAAAUGUUAAUAGGCUCAGCUGGGUGCUGAAAAAAAAAACCACCAAAGGGAAAUUGCACCAUCACCAAGCAGUAGUUGAAGACAGAAAACUGGCAUUCAGGAAAGGACAGCAAGGUGAAGAAAAGUUAUCUAGGUUGGGAUUAGGAACCAGAGCAUGAGGGGACUCUGAUGUUAAUGGUAGUUUGACAAGAUUCAAAACUGUUCAAAACUAUCUUCAAGUCUGAUGAUCUCAAGGUUUUGACUAGGAAUGCCUGCAUCAAAUGUUCAGCUUCUGGGAACCUGUUCCACCCGUGCAGGAGAAACAGUUAGAGCAAUAGAAAACUGGAUGUCUGAAUUUCAGCUUUCAUAGAACUGCAAGCCGCUCGACACAGCCCAUCAUACUUAAGGAAGAAGUGGAAGGAGAUGAUCAAGAUGGGAGAUACAGAAAUGGCAAUGCUGACAUGAGGCAUAGGUAAUUCAUCGUUCAUUUUUUUAUUUUUUUUAUUUAACCUUUCUUGGUCCCGGGAACACCAGAUUUCAUAAGAGACCAGAAAAAGGAAAAUACAACAUUAUUUGAAAGUUAUUUGUGUGUUUAUUUUAUUUUAAAAUGGACCAAACUCUGUUCAAAGUUCUAUUGAGCUUACUCUGGAAUUACUGGCUUUUAAUGGAUUAUGCUAAGGCAGGCAUGGGGAACAACCAUGUCCACUCCAGUUUUAUUUAUCGGAGAUUGCGGAACCAUGAGAGGCGAGAGAUCCAAAGAGAAAUUCUUUCCAUCCUGGGUUUACCUCAUAGACCCCGGCCAUUUUCAGCUGGAAAACAAGCUUCCUCAGCACCUCUCUUCAUGCUGGAUCUCUACAACGCAAUGACAAAUGAAGAGGAUCCUGAAGAGUUGGAAUAUUUGGUGAAGGGAUCCCCAAGCGGAGAGGGCAAAGGGCUACGGAAAGGCUACUUGGCAUCUCCAAAUGGAUAUUCCCGAAGAAUAUACAUAUCACGGACAAGUUCACUUCCUACACAAAAUCCCACCUUAGCUAGCUUGCACGACACCAACUUUCUGAAUGAUGCAGAUAUGGUCAUGAGUUUUGUCAAUUUAGUGGAAAGAGACAAGGAUUUUUCUCACCAACGACGUCACUACAAAGAAUUCCGAUUUGAUUUGACUCAGAUCCCUCGCGGAGAAGCAGUGACAGCAGCAGAAUUUCGGAUUUACAAGGAUCGAAGUUACAGUCGAUUUGAGAAUGAAACAAUUAAGAUUAGCAUUUAUCAGAUCAUCAAGGAAUAUCCAAACAGGGAUGCGGACCUGUUCCUAUUAGAUACAAAACGAGCUCAAGCUCCUCAUAUUGGCUGGCUUGUGUUUGAUAUCACUGUAACCAGCAACCACUGGGUGAUUGACCCACAGAAUAAUUUAGGGUUGCAGCUCUGUGCAGAGAUGGCAGAUGGUCGUAGUAUCAGUGUGAAAGCAGCUGGUCUUAUAGGCAGGCAUGGUCCGCAGUCAAAGCAACCAUUCAUGGUUGCCUUCUUUAAAGCAAGCGAAGUCCUUUUUCGAUCUGUCCGAGCUGCCAACCCUAAGAAAAAAAAUCAGAAUCGCAGCAAGUCCAGCAGCUCACAAAAUACUUCACGAAUGUCAGGAGUUGCAGAAAAGGAUGCUGAAGGCCCAGAUUGGAUUAUAGCUCCAGAGGGUUAUGCUGCAUUUUAUUGUGAUGGAGAAUGUUCAUUUCCUCUCAAUGCUCACAUGAACGCCACAAAUCAUGCCAUAGUACAGACACUGGUCCACUUAAUGUUUCCGGAUCAUGUCCCAAAGCCUUGUUGUGCUCCAACCAAACUGAAUGCCAUCUCUGUCCUCUAUUUUGAUGACAGUUCCAAUGUUAUUUUGAAAAAGUACAGGAACAUGGUGGUACGAUCGUGCGGAUGCCACUAGGAUUCAAUUGCAAAACAGAGCAUCGCAAAGUGGAAAUUAUCCAGUUAUUCUUUUCUGUUUCUUUUUUGGCGUAGAGGAAUUGGAAUGACCAUUUCACAACAUUUCUCCAAGAAGAGGAUCAGUUCAUUCCGACAGAAUUCUGGGGCUGAAGUUCUUCCUCUAUGGCGUCCAUCAUACCGAAAACUGGACUGCAACUGGGUUCUUGCUAUUCCCCCCCCAUACUCUAGGUACGGCUUCGUUCGUAAGCAUCUUGGGAAGGAAAUGUGGCUGUUGCAGAGAUCAAGAAAACCAUAAAAAAACAUUAAGAGAAACCUCUGCAAAGAAGAUUUAUUUAGGGAGAUAAGAAAAUUAAAAGACAAAAGAAAGAUACAAAAAAAUUUAGAUUCUAGCUGUAAAAUGUAGAGUAAGGCCAAGAGUUUCUUUUUUGCUUUUUUAAUGGAGAAAAUAAGAAUAUUAGAUAACUUAAUCCCACUGAUGUCACAUCUCUUCUCAUGUACAGUAUAAUGUAUAUAGUAGCUUUUAUUUAUUUAAAGGUAUAUCUUUUCUUUUAUAUGAAUGUCAUUUCAAAUGCUUUAUUAUAUAGGUUUAUAUAUAAAUAGUAGAACAUUGAAAGCAAAUUUUGGUACCCAUACUGAGAUUUAUUUCAUUUUAUAAAAUAAAGCUUUUGUAUACUCUCUCUACUCUCCCUCCCUUACCUCCUUCCUCUCAAGGUAAAAAAUCCAGAACUCCUGUGACUAUUUUAUAUUGUUAAAGGAAAUUGAAUACAUUUGUCUACAUUGUGCCAACGAAAACUUUGGCUGGCUAUUUAUUUAGAGUAAGCACUGAGAACAUUUUUUUUAAAUGCUUAGCUAAACACAAUUUUCCUUUUAGAAGUUCUGCCCCAUUAGGUAAAGUAAGUUGAACUGUGUUUAAAUAAACAAAUGGUAGCUAAAUGCAGUGGGCUGAAAGAUUGCGCACAAUUGUUGGGGCUGUUUUCUCUAGAAUAAUAGUAUAACUGUAGGAACCAUAAUCUCCUUCUCUUUGCUUGUGGGUUGCAGCUCUUCCUGGAGGUAUGAAACUUUGGGCAUUCUGCCAGUUGCCCGUGCCCAAAAUUUAGUUCUGACUUUGUGCGAUGGGAGAGAGGAGAGGGGAAAUAGUGUACAACCUUCUUACCUCAGGUAGAUGUGAUUGAUCCAUCAUCUCUAACAUGGCUGCAAAAUGUGUGGUUCUUAGACUGACUCCUCUCUAAGCAAGAGAUCAUGAGAUGGAAAUGCAUUCGAUUUCCAAAGGGCAUUAUGGAAUUUAAGCAAACAUUCCAUUAACCUAUUCCGUGAACAUUACUACUCUAUCCAUAUCUCCUCAGAAGUUCCAUGGGAUCUGCUGCUGGAUACAGUUGAGCUUGCCUGAAAACAGAGGGCACAGUUACUUGGACUUGGACUGUAUUUCUCUUCCUUAAGCAAUAUUUAAUAAAACUGUUAUGGUAUAACGAAGCAUGGAAUAAUGUGCUCAGCUGUUUAUCACAUUUAAUAAAAUUCUGAUGGUGUGGAUUAGAGGAAAUACAGAAUAAUGUGCUCAGGUGUUAUGACACGUUAGAGAAAUGAAUUUAUCUCUCUUUAACAGGGUUAAAAUCUUGAUGUAGGUUUGUAAUUUUGUUACAUUAAAUCUGUUGAAAUAUUAUACUCUUGUGCUUUAGAGAGACAUAAGGCAUGCAUUGCCUUUGAUUCUGUUUAAUUUGUCCAUGAAGUUGCCAAAAACACAGCUUGAUGUGAGGACACUUUUAUCCUAAUUUAUCAAAACUUUAAUUAAACUGUAGUACACAUAUUCCUGCGGUACAUGUAGCCACUCAAUGUCACCUCGAAUCCCAAGAUGAGUGGCUUAUAAAUUUGAUAAACAAACAAACAAAUAAAUCCCUACAGGUAUCUCCUACAAAUUGCUGUUUUGUCAGCCCUCCCAAGUAAAUUAGAUAGGAAACAAGAGUAUAUUCUACUGUAAUUAAGCAAAUCAAUUCUACUCUAUUGUAAGUCUACUUUAACAGAAUCUUGCAAAUCUGAAGGUAUAAACUUCCCACUGGCUCUUUUAACUGCUUGAUCCAUUAGGGCGGAUCCUUCCUAAGUUUCUUUCUCUGACCAUUAAGCCACUGGAGGCUCCUGCCUCUCUUAUCUCAUUGUUUCGUAGGCAGCAUCUCUUCUCCUCUUAAUGUCAUUUACACAUACCAUUACAUGCUUUAAGAAAUGUUUAAAAUUAAUUUGGAAAUUGGUUAGAAAGAAAACGCAUUUGUUUAAGACUUAAAUAGAAGAUUAUGGUAUUUGGAGCUGAAUUUAUGUUAAAUAAAGGUUGAAGUGUAUUUUGGGGUACAUUAAAUAAUAUAUUUUGGAAUAAAGGUGUACCAUUUUCAGUACAUGAAAUGGAAGAUUAUAUUAUGUUCUGUUGAAAUA